UCUCUGUACUGUGUUGAAGGAACUAUAAAUAAAUAAAUAAAUAAAUAAAUAAAUGGAUCUGAUGUGAGUGUGCGCGUGUCCGCGGCGAGCCUGAUCUCGUGCUCGCGCCUGGUCGUCUCGUGUGACGCGCUCGCGGAUGCGGCGACUGAUUUCUGAUGAAAUAAAAUAAAAAUGUUCAUGAUGAGAAACGGAGCGGAUUCAUGAUGGAGAAACAAAAGAUGAAAACAGCAUCUGAAUGUGAGCUGUGAUCUGCCGCAGUGAAGGAGAUGGUGUACUUCCUGUCUGUGGAGGGUGUGAAGCCCUCGUAUCAUUCCGGCCUGCUCUUCAACACGACCAUCAACCACUCCGACAGGAUCGACCCCUCGACCCCGCCGGGUGCUUCACCAACACCCGUCCUCUGCAGAUUGGACGCCCCGUCGCCCGCCUCCUCUCUCCAGAGCAACAGCUCCCUGACAUCGUACGAUCUGACCCCGGGCGAGGUCACUAUUCUCGGGCUGAUCUUUGGGCUGUUCUGGGUGAUCUCGGUGCUGGGCAACUCGCUGGUGUGUCUGGUGAUCCAUCGCAGCCGCAGAACUCAGUCCACUACCAACUACUUCGUGGUGUCGAUGGCAUGCGCUGACCUUCUGCUGAGUCUCGCGUGUGCGCCGUUUAUUUUACUGCAGGUGUGUGCGGGUCACUGGCCUCUGACCACCGCCGCGUGUAAAACCGUGCGUUACCUGCAGCACUUGUGUCCUGGUGUCCAGGUGUACGUGCUUCUGUCCAUCUGCGUCGACCGUUUCUACACCAUCGUUUACCCUUUGAGUUUUAAAGUGUCCCAUGAGAAAGCCAAACGGAUGAUUCUGGCAUCUUGGAUCUUCGAUGCGGCUUUCGUUUCGCCGUGUCUGUUUUUCUACGGCUCGUCUUCGCCAGCGACUCAAAGUCACUGCGACUUUUUCUUACCGGAUAGCUGGGACGGACUGGUGUACGCGAUCGCGCACCUGCUGUUUGGGUUUCUGGUUCCAGCGCUUCUCAUCCUCUCAUUCUAUCAGAGAGUGAUCCGAUACAUCUGGAGAAUCAGCGCCGACGGGCGGACAGUCCGCAGAACCAUGAACAUCGUCCCCAGAACGAAAGUCAAAACCAUAAAGAUGUUCCUGAUGCUCAAUCUGAUGUUUCUGCUCACCUGGACGCCGUUUUACAUCGCCCAACUGUGGCACCCGAAGGAGACGUCAGGCCCUGGCAGACAGGGGGCGCUGUUCUUCAUCACUGUGGCCUGGAUCUCAUUCAGCUCGACGGCUUCCAAGCCGACACUUUACUCCGUUUACAACGCCAACUUCAGACGUGGUAUGAGAGAAACUUUCUGCAUGUCAUCCAUGAAGUGUUACCGUAGUAACGCGUACACCAUCACCGCCAGCUCGCGAAUCGCUAAAAAGAACUACGUUGGUGUGAUAGAUAUUCCCGUGCCGGCAAAAACUCUCAUCAAAGACUCAGUUUACGAUACUUUUGACCGGGAAGCAAAGGAGAAGAAGUUAGCAUGGCCGAUUAGCACCAACCCACCAAACACAUUUGUAUAAAAGAGCCUCGGACGUUUAAUAUAAUCGCCCAAAGCGAUUUGGGUCAUUUCUGUCCUGCAUAGUAAACAUGACCCAUUUAGUCAAAUCUGUUGAAAUGCAACAAACUGUGGUGCUAAUUGAGUUUAGAUACAAAUCUGUGACGACACAAAGAAAGUCUCGCGUAAGCAGCUAUAAACAUCGUCAUCAUCGCUGUCUGUAAUUUUUAUGAAAUUAAGGAAAAUGUUUGACCUUUCUAUGAUUCUCUGUUUGUGUUUCUGGUUUGUCUGAUGAUCCUACGGUGGCCUGUUAGUGCCGAACAGGGUUGAUGUUCAUCUUGGACAUUUGUGUUUUUGUGCCUGUAGUUACAGAUGAAUUUUGUCUCUCACUGUUAUACUGUAUGUGUUUCAUGAUGCAGAACAGACAUGUCAACAUGAUUUUACAAUUAAACAUUAUAUAUGAUUAAAAUGAA